UUGUAUAAUUUGGAACAUUCAAUGUGAUUUGAUUGGAUUGUUAAAAUGGGAAACUUAAUAAAAAUGAUUUUAAAACCCCAAAACAUUUAGGUUUACUUUUCCGCAUGGUUUCCCUGCCUUCCUCCUACAGUGGUAUAUAAAAUGGUGUUGGGGAAACAUGAUAUUAUGCUACAGGUAAGUCUGCUUAAACAUUAGAGAGGAUAACUUUUCUUUGUGGUAGAUCAGAAGACACCUCAUGUCAUGCUUACAGACUUCCCAAGGGCAUCUGUGAAAACCGGAAGUUGAACUAGAUGGGCCUUUGGUCUGAUCCAGCAGGAAUCUUCUUAUGUUUAUACUUUAAUACAAAGUACACAUGCUUCUUGAUGUUGGCUCCAUUAGAAUACUAAUCUCUAUGGGAUAUACCAUAGUAGAGGCCAUGUGUGUGUACUUCUUGCUCACCCAUCAUACAUUUAAUUAAUGCAUUUUGCAAGUAAUGCCAUGAGAAGAGCAUUCCUGGGGACCUCUUGUAAGCAGCUCUGAUCUUUGGGAGGAAGAACAGGGUAUCAGUGCAAUCAAUACAUAGACAAAGGGGAAUCAAACAAGCUGCAAUUCCAGCAAGCUUUUAUCUUUUAAACAUCUAUUUAGAAAGGAUUAAGCAAAAUUAGAAUGCACAACAGACUGAAUAAAGGUGAUUAAAAUCUCUAUGCUAUGAUCCAUACUCCUGUCUCUUUUAACCUGCUUCCCAAAUCAUGCUUUGCUGAAGCAGCAGAAAACGUUCUCCUACCUCUUUACACAUCUGCACAGAUUUUCUCCCUCCGUUUUCUCCCUUUUUUAUUUCUUCCAAUUGCCAGGAGGGGGGCAUGGUGACUGUUGCGGAAGAAAAUUAUCCCCUUCAACAAUCACACAGCUCCAUAGCAACCAGGACGUCAGCAUGAGACAGCUGCAGGUUUCCAUCCUAAUUUCUGCCCUUCCUCGGGAUCUGAAACAUUUGAGGUGUAGACGUCUUCAGAGCAACUGUGAACAUGUGUUUGAUCUCCGAUACAAUGAGUGACAGAAAUCCUAAUGGAAAACCCAUCUGAACUCCGGAUUAUACUUAGAAGCAGGAAAGAAAAAUGUGGUGCCAAAACAAAGGAAUUUAUGCUGAAUCAGAGCUGGCUAUUCUGUGACCCUGCAGCCAGUCAAGGAUGACCUGACCAGCAUAAUUGCAAUGAAAAUGUGACCAAUGGCAACAAGCUGAAGCAACUGAGCUUCCUAUAUAUUCCUCUGAAGAAAGAAGCAGGUUUGACAUCUCUGAAUAAGUCUUUGAAAGAAGAUGAUUUUUGCCCAAAGUAAAUUACGUGUCUUUGCCCUUUGAAGCAAAGGCUGAAUAUGUUGCUUGCCCAUGACAUGGAUAACAACGCUGCUCUACUUCUUACCCCAACUUCAGGGCUGCUGCUGCAGCAGAACCGCCACCAUGAAGAAACCUCUAGCCCUCUGGCAAGCAAUGAAAUGAUUGCUUUACCCAAGGAACACGGGCUUGAGAAAAAUGGUACAGCCUCACCGUAUGAGCUGAUGCAAGGAGAGAUCAUAGCAGCCAGCCUGCUUUUUGGAGCUUUAUGGCUAUUCUCCAUCUUUGGAAACUCCCUGGUUUGCCUGGUGAUCCACAGGAGCAGGCGGACUCAGUCUACCACCAAUUACUUUGUGGUCUCCAUGGCCUGUGCAGACUUACUGAUCAGCGUAGGGAGUGCUCCAUUUGUGUUUCUUCAGCUAGCCUCUGGGAGCUGGGCACUUGGGAGCAUGAUGUGUAAGCUAGUAAGAUAUUUUCAGUAUCUCAUACCCGGUGUCCAGAACUACGUGUUGCUUUCCAUCUGUGUUGACAGAUUCUAUACUAUUGUCUACCCGCUAAGUUUCAAGGUGUCCCGGGGAAAAGCCAAGAAAAUGAUUGCAGCAUCUUGGAUCUUCGAUGCCGCACUGGUGUCUCCAGCUUUCUUCUUUUUUGGGUCAGGUUGGGACAACCAUUGCAACUUUUUCCUGCCAUAUUCUUGGGACGGGGCUCUUUAUGGUACCAUCCAUUUGUUGGUGGCUUUUCUGAUUCCAUCUGUUCUGAUCAUCCUUUUUUACCAAAAAGUAAUAAAAUAUAUUUGGCGGAUAGGUACAGAUGGUAGGACGGUUCGGAGGACUAUGAAUAUAGUUCCGAGAACAAAGGUGAAAACUAUCAAGAUGUUUCUAAUGUUAAAUUUGCUUUUUCUGCUCUCGUGGCUCCCAUUUUAUGUGGUUCAACUUUGGCAUCCACUUGAGACAGACUACAGAAAGAGCUCCUUGGUCUUUAUGUCAGUCACUUGGAUAUCCUUCAGUUCCUCUGCUUCAAAGCCUACAUUGUACUCUGUGUAUAAUGCAAACUUCAGGAGAGGGAUGAAAGAGACCUUCUGCAUGUCCUCUAUGAAAUGCUACCGGAGCAAUGCAUAUACCAUCACCACCAGUUCAAAGAUAGCCAAAAAAAAUUAUGUUGGGAUCUCCGAAAUCCCUGCGCCAGCCAAAACUGUUUCCAAAGACUCGAUAUAUGAUUCAUUUGAUAGAGAAGCAAAAGAGAAGAAGCUUGCCUGGCCUAUUAAUUCAAACCCAACAAAUACAUUUCUCUGAAUAAUUCCAGUCCUUUCAACAAUUAUUUGCACAAUUGGAGCAAAGAACUAUGAAAAGAUUUGAUCUAUUUUGAGCUGGGGGUGGGUUUGCAUACAAAUUGGCAGGGAGAAUAAAUGUUUUCUUAAAUCCACUGAUUUAUUGUAUACUGGAUGUUUUCUGUUUUUGUUUUAAAUAACUAUUUCAUGCUCUCUGAAUUUAAAUUUAUUUUUCAACUGAUGGGAGUACUGCAGAUUGAACUGUUAAUGUAAAAAGCAGUAAACUCAUCAAUUACUUCACAGCACAAGUGUCCUGCUAAAGACAGACCAUCUUGUUAUGUCUCUUCUAUUAUGCCUUUGGGGGAUAUGUUGGGGAGCCUUUUAAGAUCUAGAUCUAGAGCCAAGUGGUUUUCACCCUUUCCCAUCUAGAAGUUAAGCGAGAGGAUGCAUCUUGACUGUAGUGUGUAAGCAUGUAAAUGCACACACAUUGGCAUGAAACGCUAGUGCACUGCUUCCUUUCCCCCAUCCCAGUAAUAAUCUACACUGACAGUAAAACUUGCUAAAUGCAUUUGACUUGCAGCUAUUCCUUAAGUAAAGCCAGAUCCGUUCUGAGUUUAAACAUGGGAGGAUCUCUGAGAAUUGUGAUCCUAUGACAAAGGCUAGGGAAACACCUGCACAGAUGGCUAUGCAGCUGUGGUCAUAUAGCGGAGUGGCCAUCUGUGGCCCUGUCUAACUCCCACUCCUGGGAGGUCCCAUCUGUACACAAGGCCUAUGCAUUUUGAGGGAAAUGGACCUGUGAAAUGGGGGGUUCUAGCAAAAGGAUUGUCAGAGCCUCGUGACAUGGGACCUUGAUGUCACCGUUAUAGACAUCCUUUGAAGUAAGGCUGCCACAACUAAUCAAAGGCAUCUCCAAAAAAGAUACCUUUGGCACGAUCUGGUCUCCCUUUUUCUCUUUUAUUGAAGAACAGGAUAUUUUAAUGCCACCAUCAUCACAGAGGUGUUUGUGGAGGGGAUAUAUUGAUUGAAAAUGUCUAGCCCACCUGAUCUGUAGUUGGGUUCCUAUUUGGCAAGCUAACAUGCCAGUGAUGUGGGAUUGAGAAUCGGAGUGAUCAUUUUGUGAUAUUAUGGCAGUGGACAAAGCUGUAUACUUUUGAAUAAAUGUUUAUUUAGUUUUAAAAAGAAGAAAAAGAAAGCCAUCACUGACCUUUU